AUGGCCGCCGUUUCAUCGUGUGGAAAAACCGUCUCCGGUGGCGACCGCGACCACGACCGCAGAUCGGGCGGUGAACCUUUAGGCGUUGGCGGCGACAGGAGUUGCAGGAGGUACUGCAGCGGGUGGACGAUGGCUGCGGUGAGGGACGACGUGCAAAACAGUCGCGGACACAUCGCCUUCCGAGACCCUAUGGUAUGUCUGAUGUUUGCUUUUCUGCGGUUGGCAGGUGUUAUGGCCCCCAAGGCGACUGUCGACGGUCUUUCCUCGACACUGGUUUCCGGUUUUUUCUCUCGGAACUUAGCGAUCACUGCCAAUUACCUCACAUUUGCGCACGACCACGAUCGGCUAACAAAAAAAGCAAAAACUCAAAGAUAA